GUGCAGAGGAACCAGGUGAGGAGUAAAACGGUUGCUGCUUAUAAAAGAGGAAGGUUGGGCGCAGUCGCCAGUGAACGCCAUCGCUGAGGAGCGGCGGGUGAUCGAGCGAAAGAGUUCAAAAUGCAGAUCUUUGUGAAGACCCUGACUGGGAAGACCAUCACCCUUGAGGUGGAGCCAAGUGACACCAUAGAAAAUGUCAAGGCCAAAAUUCAGGACAAGGAAGGUAUACCUCCAGACCAACAACGACUGAUCUUUGCUGGGAAGCAGUUGGAAGAUGGACGAACCCUUUCUGACUACAACAUUCAGAAAGAAUCAACUCUGCAUCUAGUCUUGAGACUGCGUGGUGGAAUGCAGAUCUUUGUGAAGACCCUGACUGGGAAGACCAUCACCCUUGAGGUGGAGCCAAGUGACACCAUAGAAAAUGUCAAGGCCAAAAUUCAGGACAAGGAAGGUAUACCUCCAGACCAACAACGACUGAUCUUUGCUGGGAAGCAGUUGGAAGAUGGACGAACCCUUUCUGACUACAACAUUCAGAAAGAAUCAACUCUGCAUCUAGUCUUGAGACUGCGUGGUGGAAUGCAGAUCUUUGUGAAGACCCUGACUGGGAAGACCAUCACCCUUGAGGUGGAGCCAAGUGACACCAUAGAAAAUGUCAAGGCCAAAAUUCAGGACAAGGAAGGUAUACCUCCAGACCAACAACGACUGAUCUUUGCUGGGAAGCAGUUGGAAGAUGGACGAACCCUUUCUGACUACAACAUUCAGAAAGAAUCAACUCUGCAUCUAGUCUUGAGACUGCGUGGUGGAAUGCAGAUCUUUGUGAAGACCCUGACUGGGAAGACCAUCACCCUUGAGGUGGAGCCAAGUGACACCAUAGAAAAUGUCAAGGCCAAAAUUCAGGACAAGGAAGGUAUACCUCCAGACCAACAACGACUGAUCUUUGCUGGGAAGCAGUUGGAAGAUGGACGAACCCUUUCUGACUACAACAUUCAGAAAGAAUCAACUCUGCAUCUAGUCUUGAGACUGCGUGGUGGAAUGCAGAUCUUUGUGAAGACCCUGACUGGGAAAACCAUCACCCUUGAGGUGGAACCAAGUGACACCAUAGAAAAUGUCAAGGCCAAAAUUCAGGACAAGGAAGGUAUACCUCCAGACCAACAACGACUGAUCUUUGCUGGGAAGCAGUUGGAAGAUGGACGAACCCUUUCUGACUACAACAUUCAGAAAGAAUCAACUCUGCAUCUAGUCUUGAGACUGCGUGGUGGAAUGCAGAUCUUUGUGAAGACCUUGACUGGGAAGACCAUCACCCUUGAGGUGGAGCCAAGUGACACCAUAGAAAAUGUCAAGGCCAAAAUUCAGGACAAGGAAGGUAUACCUCCAGACCAACAACGACUGAUCUUUGCUGGGAAGCAGUUGGAAGAUGGACGAACCCUUUCUGACUACAACAUUCAGAAAGAAUCAACUCUGCAUCUAGUCUUGAGACUGCGUGGUGGAAUGCAGAUCUUUGUGAAGACCCUGACUGGGAAAACCAUCACCCUUGAGGUGGAGCCAAGUGACACCAUAGAAAAUGUCAAGGCCAAAAUUCAGGACAAGGAAGGUAUACCUCCAGACCAACAACGACUGAUCUUUGCUGGGAAGCAGUUGGAAGAUGGACGAACCCUUUCUGACUACAAUAUUCAGAAAGAAUCAACUCUGCACCUAGUGUUGAGACUGCGUGGUGGGUUUUAAAUUGGACUGGGCCAUAAUCAGUUUCAACUGCAUUGUAAUUUUUAAUGCAUUCUCUCUGGUUUUUGUAAUGAUCAAACAGGUCUUGAGUAUAUAAAGCAUGUAGAUAAUAAAGAUUUUGUCAAA